AUGUCUCAUCGCUUUCUCUUACAGCUCUUGUUGGCCACACUGGCGGUUUCCGCCAACUUUCCCUUCAAAGCCAAGUUUGGAACCAGUCCUGCCCCCUUUUUGAUCGAUGUAGAUCCUUCUUUUAUCGAAGAAACGAGAGUCAAAGCCUCUCUAGCCCGAAUUGCUACAGACCUCGUUCAGCAUGUUCCGCAGGAUGGCCCUCCUGCCGAGAACAUUACCGCAAUUAAAGAUUAUUGGACUCACAGCUACAACUGGAAUGAGACGCAGAAAAGAAAAGACGCCAUCCCGCUGCUGUUUGUACACGGCUACCCAGGGUCUAUCAUAGAGGUAGAACGCGUGAUUGACGGCCUACCUGGGUUCGGCUUCUCGCCGGCUCCCGAAUAUCCCGGCUUGGGACUACGAGAGUCUGGUCAAGCAUUUCACAAAUUAAUGCUGCAGCUAGGAUACAACAAGUACAUCGUUCAUGGCGGUGACCUUGGCUCCCACACCGUACGAUACAUGGCCAUCGAUCAACCGGAGAGCGUUCGAGCACUACAUACCAACUUGUGGUAUCAAGUCCCCAACCAGCAAGACAUGGACAAUUUCAACGCCAAAAAUUCCACGGCAGAGGAGGCUUUUCUCAUCAACGUGCUAGCAACGUUUAGGAUUACGCUUCUAGGACAACGGCAAGUCUUUGGGAACGAGCCUCUGCAGUGGGCAUACGCUCAAACGGAUAGCCCGGUGGGCUGUGCGGCAUGGAUACUCACCGAGUUGAAAGGUGGCAGCCCGUCGUACGACUGGACGUUGGAUGAAAUCAUUUCAUGGACCAUGCUAUUAUAUAUACAGGGGCCCUUUGGCAGCGCCAGAAUGUACAAGGAGCUUUCGUUACGGGGACAAAAUCCAUGGUCUGGCAAGUUUGACUACAUUCACCAGCCAGUGGGCAUCACUCAAUUUGCCGAGCAAGGUUUUAUCACGCCGGAAGAUUGGGCACGCCGCCAGGGAAACAUUGUCUUCUUCAACCACUACUCUUCCGGCGGUCAUUUCGCUUCCUGGGACUCCCCAACCGAGCUUGUGGCAGACGCGCGAGAGUUUAUAAGGCCUGGCACCGCAGCAUGGGAUGCCUAUCAGAAAUAA